CAAAAAUCUUGCUGUUGUAUUGUUACUGCUCCGCUAAAGAUCCACUUAUUCCGGUGAUCCACUUCGUGUUUUCCCGACCGCUCCGCAGCAUCUCUGUGUCCACUCUCUGCCUGGAGAGCGAAGACGACAGUUUCCGAAGUUCGUUGCAUUAACAGACAAAAAAUACAAAAAACACCAAUGCCUUCACAAAAUAACGACAGAGAACGGAAAGAGAGGCUGCUAAAGGCAGUUCAACAUUGCAAACAUGGAUUCAAAGCUCCAUCAAGCCAGCAGGUAAAUCAUAUUGAAUAUUUAGCAGAUUGUCACACUUUAAUUCUUGUUAUUAUAUUUCCCAUUAUAAUCACAUGCUAGUAAUAUAACACAUCAUAAUAUUUUAUUAAAACCAUAAUAAUAGUAGUACCAACCCCCUUAGUGCCCUUUUUGGUUUGGGCCACUGCCCCAUCUAGCAUUUUCAUUUUCUAAAUGACUGUUUUCAUUACAAAUAUAUUCCAAAGAAAAGUGAAUGAUUUAUAAAUAAUUUUGGCAUUAAGGAAUAAUGCAAAAGAAGUUAAAUUAAGGCUUUUCAACCUAAGGCCAGUGGAUUUUGAACAGAUGUAAAUUUGUGUGUAUAAUAUGUACAGUAUAAGUGUGACCUUAUGAAAUGUAGUUUUCACAGAGCUGUGUGUUUCUCUAGUUUUCUUGCUGAACAAACGAAUUAAUUGGUUUGUUUAGUUAAUAUUAACACAAUUAUCAGCACACUAAAGUUUAAAAAAAAUAUCCGGCCCUCACAUCAUGGCGUUAUUUACCAUCCGGCCCUCAGCCUAAAAUGAGUUUGACACCCCUGCCUUAGAUGGUCAGGGCUGAGCCUUUUUUGUUGUUUAGGUUUGAUGCUGUGGUUGUUGUUUUUCUCAUUUUUUGUAUUAUUAUUAUUAUUUAUGUUUUUUCUUGGGUUUCUGUGUGGGGGUAUGUGUUUGCAUGUGUGGUGGAUAGGAGGGGAGGGAUUGCUGACCCGGGCAUCAACCUUAUAAGCUUUUGUUGUUUAACCUGGUUUCUGUUUGGUUUUCUUUUAUUUAUAUGUCAAAUUAUAUUUUGAAUAAAUGAGUAGUUUCAAUGUUAUGUCAUGGAAUGCACGAGGCCUCAAUUCUUCCCAGAAGCGCAUAAUCACUUUGAAGCUUCUUCACAGAAAGAAUAUCCACUUUGCUUUUAUUCAAGAGUCACAUUUUCUUGAAGCUGGUGUACACAGGUUUAAGAAUAAGUACUAUCAUGUGAUUGCUUCCUCUUGUUACACCAAGAAGAGCAAAGGUGUAUUGAUAGCUGCAAAGUGUAGUUUAAAUUAUACCAAUCUGGGCACAGGGGGAUCUGACGAUGGCCGAAUUACUUUUUGUAAAAUAGCUUAUAACGGUAUCAAAAUUGCAUUGGUGAGCGUUUAUGCUCCAAAUUGUUUUGAUCAAUGUUUUUAUAACACAUUGGCUUCUAUAUUAACAAAUCUCCCAGAGUACCAUCUUUUAAUAGGGGAUGAGUUUAAUGCUGUAUGGCUUCAUGACAUUGACAGAACAGGUGCAAUAGAAAGCAGAGAUCAGCGAUUGGCAUCUAUUGCAUUGAAAAAAUUGUCUUCUGAUUAUGGAGUGACGGAUACACGGCGAAUGAUGAACCCCUCCUCUAGAAAAUUUUCCUUUUUUUCAUCUCGUCAUAAGUCUUUUUCAAGAAUAGACUAUAUUUUUGCAUCUAAAACCCUUUUUAGUGACAUUCGCAGUACUGAAAUGACCCCAAUAUCUUUAUCCGAUCAUAGGGCUGUCUUAUGUAGCUUGUCAUUAAGAAUUGGUCAAUCUAGGGCUGUUCGUUGGCGUUUUAAUACAUCUCUUCUCCAGAAUGACAUAUUUAAAGUGAGAUGGAGGUGGAGUUAGAAUGAAAAUAAAUGGUCCAUCAGUUGAUGACCCACGUGUGUUAUGGGAGGCGGUCAAAGGGUGUAUCAGGAACAAAACUAUAUCUUUUGCAUCUUAUCUUCAUAAAUCUAAAAAACAUUGUGUUAAUUGCUUGGAGUCUGAAAUUGCUGCUCUUGAAGAUGAAAUGCUAAGCAAUUCUUCACCAGAAAAUAUUUGUAAGCGACAGAAGUUAAUUGAUGAAUUCAAUAGCUUAUUAAGAAGUGAAGCCGAGUUUACUAUUCAUCGUAAUAGGCGAAAUCAUUAUUAUAGUAGUGCUCGCCCCAGCCGUUUGCUAGCUUAUAAAAUAAGGAAGAAUGAUGAUCUAGCAAGGAUAGCAGCAAUUAGGACUAAAGAGGGGGACAUAACGUCUGACCCGGCACGUAUUAAUAGUACCUUUCAAGCAUUUUAUCAGAAUCUCUAUACAUCAGAGGUAUAGACAACCCUCACGCAUGAUGACAAAGCGUGUGCUGAAUUCCUUCAACCGUUACAUCUACCAAAUUGUCUUCUGUAGCUGUAUGUUUUUUUAGAAGCACCCAUAUUCAGUUGGAUGAAGUGCGAUUAGCUAUUGAAGCAAUGAGAAGAGGUAGAUCUCCGGGCCUGGAUGGAAUGCCACCAGAAAUGUACGAGGCCUUUUGGCCCCAGCUUGGCCCUCUAUUGCUGAAUAUGCUUAAUUUCUCUAUUAAUAGAGGCUCCUUCUCUACUAGUACAAACAUUGCAAUUAUAUCUUCAUUACUUAAGAAGGAUAAGCCAUCUUAUGAAUGUUCCUCUUAUAGGCCUUUGAGCCUCCUGAACUGUGAAGUCAAGCUCUAUCCUAAGAUAUUAGCUACACGUUUAGAGCGCCAUAUGCCCCUUUUGGUCCAUCAUGACCAAACUGGGUUUAUUAAAUCUAGAUUAGCAUCGGACAAUGUCCGUCGCUUGCUUCACAUUAUAGAUUCAGCCUCUGUCUCAGAAGAUCAAAAUGCUAUUCUUUCAUUGGAUGCUGAGAAGGCUUUUGAUCGACUGGAAUGGGGUUAUUUGUGGUCUGUACUCCAAUUUAUGGGUUUUGGUGAUGGUUUUAUCUCUAUGAUAAAGCUACUAUAUACUAAUCCUUCUGCAGUGGUCAUAACGGGAAGCAACUGUUCAACUAGGUUUCCAGUUACAAGAUCGUCUCGUCAGGGUUGCCCCUUAUCUCCACUUUUAUUUUCUCUCUCUUUGGAACCUAUUGCCCAGGCAAUACGGCAGUCAAAGGUUUUAGAACCAAUUAUUAUUUAUGAUACACCACAUUGCAUCUCUUUGUAUGCAGAUGACAUUCUAAUUUUUACAAAUAAUCCUACUAAAUCCCUCCCACACUUACUUAAUAUUUUUGAGCAUUUUAGCAGAAUCUCAGGGUACAAAAUGAAUUGGACAAAAUCGGCUUUAAUGUUGUUUAAUGUUUGACCGAAUGAUCAAAUACCUCUUCUUAAUAUUCCAGUUGUUAGUACUUUUACAUAUUUGGAAGUGUCCAUCUUUCCUUCACUUAAUUUAAUAAUUGCUGGAAACUAUAAUAAUGUUCUAAAAAAUGUGGAAGGGGACCUAAAUAGAUGGGGUAUGCUUCCUACUUCUUUUCAUUCCAGACUUUCGGUAAUUAAAAUGAAUAUACAACCUCGUAUUAAUUUUGUAAGCAGUAUGAUCCCCCUUGCUCCACCGGAUGGUUACUGGAAGAAGCUACAAGGAAUCAUUAGCUCUUAUUUAUGGAACAAAAAAAAAACCCGGAAUCAAAGCAUCUACAUUACAAAGACAUAGAUCAUCAGGAGGUGUCAAUUUGCCCAAUUUUGAGUGCUAUUCUUGGUGUUUUGUUUUGCGUUCGUUUGCCAUAUGGUCUAAUCCAGAGACUUUGGUGUCAUGGCGUCCUAUUGAAGAACGUCUAGUACAACCAUAUUGUUUGUCUAAUUUUGUCUAUUCUAAUAUACCCCAUAAUAUAAUCAAACGGGAUUUUGGGCCAAUAAUUUCUUAUUUACUCAUGAUAUGGUACAAAGUUAAUCGAUUUGCUAAAAUUUCAAAAAAUUUCUUUGCUCAAUCCCCUAUUUUUAACAACCAUUCUCUUCUAAUUGAAAAUAAACCAAUUGUGUUCCCUAAGUGGAGCAAUAGAGGGGUUUGUGUCUUUAGGGAUAUUAUAGGGGAACAGGGUCUUCGUGCAUUCCAUGACCUGGAGAGAUCUUAUAAUUUAACGGGCACUUUUUAUUUUUAUUUACAGUUGCGCGCUGCGAUGCGUGCUCAAGGUGUUCCUUGGGGUAUUGAGUUUGAGAAUCAUCCCCUUCAUGUAAUUGUUGAUACCAAGGGUAAAAUGAAUGGUAUUGUCUCAGUCUUAUAUAAGUUUAUAACAAAAGCUUCAUAUAAGCCAUUACCUCUUUUUAGACUCUGGAAGACAGAUAUUAACAUCUCCCAGGACCCAGACUGGUGUACAGUCUGGUCAAAUAUAUUAUUAUCCUCUCGGAAUCCUGACCAUCAAAUGAUACAUUAUAGAUUAGUCCAUAGGUCUUAUCUAACUCUGAGAAGAUUGCAGCAAAUGAAUUUUAGAGAUAAUCCAUUCUGUGAUUUUUGUACAGACAAUACCGUUGCUACUUUUUACCAUAUGGUGUGGCAGUGUCCAGAGGUCAAUAGAUUUUGGUAUAGCAUUUCAUCCAUUCUAUCUAAUAUUGUAAAGGAACCUAUCCCUUUUUCGCCUUGUUUGUUUUUGCUUAAUGACACAUCAUCUCUUAAACUAACAAUAAACAAUCUGCGUCUUCUUCUGGCUGGUUUGACAGCCGCCAAAAGAAUGAUAGUCUCUUGCUAGAAACCACCACAUACAUUAUUAGUGAAGAAAUGGUUUUCUUCUUACCGGGAUAUU